UCCUCCUGCUGACCACGCUGCCCCAGUGGAGAUUAUAAAAGCCUCCGUGGUCCUGAUCAGCUGUUCCAGACCCACCUCCGGUCCAGGUCCAGCUCAGACUCAGCGCUGCUUCAGGUAAAAACAUCACUCAGUCACCAUGAGUCCCAAACACAUCGUCUUUAAGAAAGUCUCCCGCGACAAGUCGCUGACCGUCUACAUGGGCAAAAGGGACUUUGUGGAUCAUUGCGACUUCGUGGAUCCGGUCGAUGGAGUUCUUCUGAUCGACCCAGUGCAGCUAAAAGGAAAGAAAGUGUACGUGAUGCUGUCGUGUACGUUCCGGUACGGUCGUCAGGACAUGGAUGUGAUGGGCGUGGCCUUCAGGCGGGACCUGUUCGUGGUGACCCGUCAGGUUUACCCUGAACUUCAGGACAAGGAGAAGCUGACCCACACCAAGGUCCAGCAGAAACUGCUCCGGAAGCUCGGAGACAACGCCUACCCCUUCUACUUCGAGUUUCCAGACAACCUGCCGUGUUCUGUGGCUCUGCAGCCUGGACCCAAUGACGUGGGAAAGAAAUGUGCAGUGGAGUUUGAGGUGAAGGCGUUCUGUGCUGAACAUCAGGACGAGAAGGUCGAGAAACAGAGUUCAGUGCGUCUCACCAUUCGUAAAAUCCAGUACAGUCCAGAGAACAGUCAAGUGGUUCCAGUCGCCGACACCACCUUCGAGUUCCUGAUGUCGGAAAAACCUCUGCACAUCAAACUGAGUCUGCCCAAAGAGACGUUUUACCACGGUGAACCGGUCAAAGCUAUGGUUGAAAUCACCAACUCCUCCAACAGGAACAUUAAGGACAUCAGUCUGUCAGUUGAACAAGUGACCAACGUCGUUCUUUACUCCAACGACAAAUAUGUUAAAUCAGUGGCCAAAGAGGAGACCACGGACUGUGUUCCCUCAGGGACGAGUCUGAAGAAAGAGUUCACCCUGUACCCUAUGCUGGCCUACAACAAGGAACGUAGAGGACUGGCCCUGGAUGGACGCCUCAAACACGAAGACACCAACCUGGCUUCGUCCACCAUUGUGAAGCAGGAGGUGUUGAAGGAGGUCCAGGGGAUGCUGAUCUCAUAUAAGAUGGUGGUGAGGAUGAUCGCCUCUGGGACCAUCGGAUCCAGUGAGGUGUCUCUGGAGGUCCCGUUCAGACUCAUGAAUCCUAAACCUGAACCAGCCAAGGAGAGUGAGACUGAUGACAUGGUGUUUGAGGAGUUUAAGCGAGCCUACCUGAAGGGAGUGAUCGGCGACGACGACGAGUCCCCGACCGAGGCCUGAACGCACCACGGCUCCACCCACCUCCAUCCCCCCAGUCCACCUUUAACCCCCCGGUCCACCUCCAACCCCUGGUCCACCUCCACGCCCGUGGUCCACCUCCAACCCCUGUUCCACCUCCAACACCCUGGUCCACCUCCACCCCCCUGGUCCACCUCCACCCCCCUGGUCCACCUCCAACCUCCCUGGUCCACCUCCACCCCCCUGUUCCACCUCCACCCCCCCGGUCCACCUCCACCCCCCCGGUCCACCUCCACCCCCCUGGUCCACCUCCAACCU